AAAUGUGAUGUAAACAAACUGAUGCUCUUGUUCGUUUACUUCUGUAUGAUAAUACAUUAUAACUCUUUUCUUUGUCAUGAUUUAAAGAGGAGUUUCUAAGCGGAAGGUGAGGCAUAAGUGUUGUGUUUGCCGAGCCACAACACUCUCAUCCAGACAGGAGAUACUUCAGAUUCACCAGGGAUCCUGUGCGUUGUAGAGAGUGGACAAGCUUAUUAAGGAAGGUGGAGCUGGCAUCACAUUCGCCGAAUGCCCUUUAUGCCAGCUUCCGAGCUUUCUCCAGUCACUUUGGAGCAAAGGUUUACUCCACUUGGCCAAAAAUGCGGUGCCCGAUCAGCCUCCAGUUUCCCCACAGAUUUCUGGAAUGGCUUCAUCACUGAUGGAGAAAUUGGACUCUUCUCGGAUUGAAGCAACUGAUUUGGUGGUACUCCAAGAUGAUUCCAACGUAACGCCAAGAAGAGGAGUGCAGAGACUUAGGCUACUAACGCCUAAGUCUAAGAAAAUAAAGUCACUGGCAACAAAACUGCAUUUCCUCAAUAGGAAGUAUGCUCAAACGAAAGUUGAGCGUGUGAAAAACUUAAAACAAGUUAUAAGCUCGAUUGAACCUCAGGUGAGUCCAGUUAUUUUUAGUUUUAUUAGAUCGCAAUUAAUUUCAAGUUCAGUAUCUAAGUAUGGACAUAGGUGGUCUCUAAGCGAUAAAAAUCUCUGCUUACAGUUAUACCUAUCUAGUCCUAAAGCAUAUAACACCCUGAAACGAUUUUUGAAUUUGCCUAGUAAACCUACUCUUAUAAAAAUUGUUUCUGGCAUAAAAAUGGAACCAGGUUUCUCAACUGCUGUGCUCAAUUCAAUUAAACUUAUAGCCAGUAAGAUAAAGCCACAUGACAAAUAUUGUAUUAUAUCUUUUGAUGAAAUGUUAUUAAAAUGUGGCUUGGUUUACAAUAAAAAGAAAGAUAAAAUUGUGGGAUUUGAAGAUUACGGAUCCCAAAUUCAAUCUUCCUCCUCCAAGCUUGCAACACACGCUCAUCUUUUAUGGUGCGUGGGCUUUGCAAAAAAUGGAAACAGAUUGUUGGUUUCUUUUUCUUAUCACAAACAGCACCGGCUGCCACACCGAAGAUUUUACUGACUAAUCUUUUAGGUGAACUCAAUGUGGCAUGACCCCAAUUGCUGUUGUAUGUGACCAGGGAGCCAACAAUCUUAAACUGUAUGCCGAAGAAUGGGUUGUGACAGUUGACUGUCCUUAUUUCACUGUAGAUAAUGUUAAUGUAUAUACUUUUUUUGAUGUGCUUCACUUGUUGAAAAGUUUACGGAACAACAUUAAAAAGUAUCCUGUUCAUUUAAAUGGUUUCAAAUCAGCAAUUUGGUCUCAUGUGGCCUCUCUGUAUGAAUUUGAUUCCAAACCAAACAGGAUCAUAGGAGUGUUCCCAAAUUGACGCAAAAGCAUAUUGAGGUUGAUGGACUUAGUGCUAUGAAUGUGAAGCUCGCUGCACAGAUUUUAAUAUAAUCUGUUGCUGCGGGUAUUUGCACU